AGGAUGUCCCGCAGCUGCCGCCGGAGGCUGUCGUUCUCCUGCCGUGCGCGCGCCGCCUCCUCCCGGUACUCGGACACCGUGUCCUCCACCACGGCCAGGAUCUCCUUCACCACCACCGUCAGCCGCUCCGUCAGUGAAGCACUCGAAGCUGCAGCAGAUCCUCGACUCUGCAUCAUUAUACAACCAGGACCACAAGGAGGACCAGCAGAGACCUGAAGGCACCUCCAGCGUCUCCACGGCAACUGCCUCCACCCUCCUGAGGCUCCGGGUCUGGGUUCUGUCGGUUCUGCACAGACAACAUGAACCUGUGGCGUCCUGUGGACUAGGACCAGAUCGUUCGCUACCUUCAGUUCUUCUUCGUUGAUUCGUCAUUUCAUUUUGUAAAAAUGGCCGCCAGUCCGAGCACCGCCCAGCCAUCCGGGAGCGUGGGGGAGGAGCCUCAGCACACAGAGCAGCCAAUCAGCACGCAGCCAAAUGGAGAUGCCAUGACCUCACAACCCGCCGCCGAGCAGCAAGCCCCACCCUCGAUGACAGACGGCAAACAGGAGGGACCAGGCAUGGACCACCUGACGGUCGUCAACGACAACUUGGAGACGAGUAACGGUGUGGCCCCUGUCAUGGCCGACUUGUCUCCAACGGCAUCUCCGAAGCUCCACGCCAAGCCUCGCCCAAGCAGUCGGUCGGGCUCCAUGUCGGCCAACUCGCCCCGCCCCUCGCUGACCCGUCGGCCCAGUGCCAUGGCUGACGGCGCCGCUGAUGGAUCAAAACCCAGGGACUACCUGAUCCUGGCCAUCCUGUCCUGUUUCUGUCCGCUGUGGCCAAUCAACAUCGUAGCGCUCACCUUCUCUGUCAUGUCCAGAAACAGUCUGCAACAAGGAAACAUUGACGGCGCUCGGCGUCUGGGGCGGAACGCCAUGGUUCUGUCCGUCGUCUCCAUUUUGGGUGGAAUCGCCAUCAUCACAGCGGCCAUCGCCCUUAACUGGGGCUUGAUAUUAAAAUCCUGAUGAAAUCUCGUGGAUUGGAGAGACCGACUUGACGAUGACCUCGAACCAACAUACCCCCCCACACACACCCCCAUCCCCCACCCCAUCCUGGUUUACGAAGCACUACUGAUAAUAAGCGCCUACACUGGAUGAAAAAACCAAUGAAAAAAACCUGUUCAGUUCUUUGCUGUUGUUUCUGCUGCACGACGAGCAUGGUCCGCCUGCUGCUCUACCUCCAACACAACCAACGCCCCCAACGACCCCCCCCCCAAUUAAAUGAACCCACCUCCAAUGAACCAGCCCCCCCAUGACACAAUAAACCAACCCACCCCCCCAAUGAACCGACCCCCCCAACACAACCAACCCACCCCAACUCAAUGAACUGACCCCAAUGAACCGACCUUCGCAAUGAACCGAUCCCCCAAUGGACUUACCCCACGACACAACAAACCCACCCCCCAAUGAACUCGACCCCCCCACCCACUAAAGGAUGGCUCAGGGUUCAUUCGGUGGCAGCAGCUUGUCUCCUCAGACUGGUUUCUGUCCCGUGGAUGUGGACGUCUGUCUCCAUGGUAACAGGAUUAUUGACACCUAUGCUGAACUGGACCAAACUGGAGGAACCCGGUUUACGGGUUCUGAUGCCAAAAUAUUAGAAACUGAGGUGAAACUGAAAGAUGCUGCUUUGAAGAUGAACUGUCUGAGUCUUUGAACUCCAAAGCAAAAAAAUGUGAGUUUGUGCCAUCGAUGUUCUCCUGUUGGACAUAAAAACAUGGAGGUAGAAACACUAACGCUAAUCUUCUGAAAAUUCACCAUCAAAAAGGCCUUGAACUGAACCAUCUGAUCCUCCUCAAAGCCCCUCCUCCAGGAUCAGCCCCUCCUAUUGGUUCCUGAAGAUGCUACAGUGAAUCAAAUUGAUGAAAUAACAUUCAACUACUCGGU